AUGAAAAGGCAUAAUUCACAACUACGGAAAAACCGUAAGGAAAACUUACCUACCACCCGGAAGUCACCUACCAUGGUCCACAUGGAAAAUACUAAACAGAUCACGAAUGGAAAACUGGAAGGACAUCGAGUAAUUAUGUGAAAAAAUGGGGAAUAAAAGAGGGCGGAAAACGCGAAUGCGGUGGGCAGCAGGACGCAGACUAUCCGGAUGCAUGCCCACUACCAACGAUAAAGCGCAGAAAAGAAGAUUUUGUGACAACUGGAAAAAGGUCGGACAAAGCAACGCACAUUGCUGCUUACUGGGGAGGGGGAAGGGUAUAUGAAGACCGACACGACCAGUAG